AUGUUGUCCACCAGUCGCUUGCUGCAGUCGGUGGGGAGGGAUCGAUCCAAGACGAUCGGAUUCAUUGGGUUGGGUGUGAGUGGUCACUUCAAGUCAACCUUCUCAUAGGCACAUUUAGCAUGUCCGCUGAAUUCUCGAAAUGCUCUCCACGACAUCAGGCAAUGGGUCGUGAAAUGGCAUUCAACCUCCUCUCCAAGACGUUCGAAUCGCUACCUCGAGACACCACCGCAUCUUUCGUGGUGCACGAUACGGUGGAUCAGAGCGUCACUAGGUUCUUGACCAGCAACUCUAGCAUUUUUCCUGGAAGGCAUAUUGUGCCUGCUAGUUCGCCUGCCGGAGUGGCCAGCCUGGCAGGUACCAUCGUCACCAUGGUGCCCAGUUCUCCGGGUGCGUAGCAUUGCAUCGCAAGCGGAGGCCGAGUAGCGCACAUGUAUGCUAAGCAAAGAUGCCUUCCUUAUGGGUCCAUCGCAUUCACAGAGGUCAAAGAGGUGUAUCAGGCUGAAGGAGGGAUCAUCGAAGGCUUGCAAUCUUUGGGCAAGCCUCAAGAGAAGGAGAACAAGACUUUGUGCAUCGAUUGUACUACUCUGGACCCUGCAGCUUCCAACGACGUGGCGAGCCAGAUCAAACGGCUAGCUGGCAGCGAGGGCUCCAGCGAUGCACCAGUGUGGGACUACAUCGAUGCGCCCGUCUCUGGAGGUGAGUCCGGUGCCUCUCUUUCUUAACGCGACGUGUGGGGAACGCGCUAAUGAUGGAGGACAUGCCUGCACGCAAUUCGCGUUGGAAAAUUCUAGGCGUGGUGGGAGCUAGAGCUGCAACCCUCUCAUUUAUGGUCGGAUCAGAUUCGAGAGCUUCAUUUGAUGAUGCAGAACCUACCCUGCUCAAAAUGGGAAGCAGGGCUGUGCAUUGCGGCAAGAACACCAACGGCUUGAUCGCAAAAAUUGCAAACAAUUUGGUCAGUCUUGCUCCCUUGUUCGCAAGACGCUCGACGCGCGAUGUGGUGUGCGUUGCUUACCCAGAUGCUUGCUGGCUGAGCUCUUUCAGUUGCUCGGCAUCUCGAUGCUAGGAGUUUCGGAAGCUAUGCUCCUGGGAACUUCUCAUGGUCUGAAUCCACAAGUCUUGGCCCACAUUCUAAACACUAGGUGAGCAUUCUUCUCACGAGCGUCUGUCGGUCUCCGCUCCGUGUGCUUUGACAACGACGAGUUGACUUACGUGCGGCCGAAUCUUAUGUCUGUCGCCUCCCCAGUACCGGCAGAUGCUGGGCGUCCGAGAUCAAUAAUCCCGAACCUGGAGCUCUCAGCGGAACGAAGAACAGUCCACCGGCAGAUCGCAACUACGAAGGCGGUUUCGCAACUCGGUAAGGCGUCCAUCUGAUGCGAUAUCUCUUGAUCAAGCUGAUCAACGUACGAAAACACCUCGCCAUCCUGCAUCGCGUCUCUCUAGACUGCAAGCGAAAGACCUGCGCUUGGCAAUGUCGGCUGCUCAGCAACGAGGCGUGCCGGUGCCGCUCGGUCAGCUUACUGCUAGCAUCUACUCCGCUCUGGGAGACAACGAAACGUUCAAGGACAGGGAUUUCAGUGUGGCUAUCGAAGCGCUCAAAUUGGCUCUGGGUAGGGAUGAAUUCAAGUGA